CGGCCCGGCAGGGGCUCCCGGGUCUGUGGAGGCCCCGCUGCCCGCCGUUCCUCCUACGGGGUCUCCUCAGCUCCCAUCCCCGAACUGCCGUUGGACCUCAGGGCGCUUGCGUCGCCGCCCCCCUCUUCCCCGCGCCGCGAGCUGAGGCGACGGGGGCUGGGAAGCUUAUGUUGAGUAUGAGUCUUGUUAUGAUUAGCGAGAAUGUAAAACUGGCCCGUGAAUAUGCAUUGCUGGGAAACUAUGAUUCUGCAAUGGUCUACUACCAAGGAGUACUUGACCAAAUGAAUAAAUACCUCUACUCUGUCAAAGAUACAUAUCUGCAACAGAAAUGGCAACAGGUUUGGCAGGAAAUAAGCGUGGAAGCUAAGCAUGUGAAGGAUAUAAUGAAAACACUGGAAAGCUUUAAAUUAGAUUGCAGUCCCUUGAAAGCAGCACAGCAAGAAUUACCAGCUCGUGAUGGAGAAGUGUGGUCCUUGCCUGUGCCAGCUGAACGUAGACCUUCUCCAGGAGCCAGAAAACGUCAAUCUGUUCAGUGCAAUGAUUGCAGAGGUCACAAUAACCGUGUAAGUGCAGCCGUCAGAGGCCCUCACCGGCCCGCCUCUCGAAAUCCUAAUGAUAAAGGGAAAGCAGUCCGUGGCCGAGAAAGGAAGGAUCAGCAGAAUAAAGGAAGAGAGGAAAAGAACAAGUCGUCAUCUGAUGUUUCAGAAUCUGAGCCAAAGAAGUUUGAUGGUACUGGGUAUGAUAAAGACUUAGUAGAGGCUUUGGAAAAAGAUAUAAUUUCUCAAAAUCCCAAUGUUCGAUGGGAUGAUAUAGCUGACUUAGUUGACGCCAAAAAAUUGCUCAAAGAAGCUGUAGUCUUACCAAUGUGGAUGCCAGAAUUCUUUAAGGGAAUUAGAAGACCGUGGAAGGGUGUGCUGAUGGUUGGUCCACCUGGUACUGGAAAGACUCUCCUUGCAAAAGCCGUAGCUACUGAAUGCAAAACAACAUUUUUCAACAUCUCUUCAUCAACACUUACUUCAAAAUACAGAGGAGAAUCUGAGAAACUUGUCCGCCUGCUGUUUGAAAUGGCUCGAUUUUAUGCACCAACAACUAUAUUUAUUGAUGAGAUAGACUCUAUCUGUAGUCGCAGAGGAACCUCGGAGGAGCAUGAAGCCAGUCGACGGGUAAAAGCAGAACUGCUGGUUCAGAUGGAUGGUGUUGGAGGGGCUGCUGAAAAUGAUGAUCCUUCCAAAAUGGUUAUGGUACUUGCUGCUACUAAUUUUCCUUGGGAUAUUGAUGAGGCCCUAAGACGACGACUAGAAAAGAGAAUUUACAUUCCUUUACCAUCAGCAAAAGGCAGAGAAGAACUCUUACGGAUAAACCUGCGAGAGUUGGAACUGGCUGAUGAUGUUGACCUUGCAAAUAUAGCUGAAAAAAUGGAGGGUUAUUCUGGUGCAGACAUUACCAAUGUAUGCAGGGAUGCAUCACUGAUGGCUAUGAGAAGGCGUAUUGAAGGCUUGACACCAGAAGAAAUCCGAAAUCUUUCCAGGGAUGAAAUGCAUAUGCCUACAACUAUGGAGGAUUUUGAAAUGGCUUUAAGAAAGGUUUCUAAAUCUGUAUCUGCUGCGGACAUUGAAAAAUAUGAAAAAUGGAUUGUUGAAUUUGGAUCAUGCUAAGUCUUCCUAACCAAACUUCCCCUGGGAAACCUGUCUUAAAACAGCUUCAGAAGUAACGAAAGGUAGUGUUCAUGUGCACUAAGUGCUAUUUUUUUAACUUUCUUGAACUUAAGAGCAACAUGAUUCUGAAUAAAGUAAUUUUUUAAAUUGCA